GAAUCAUCCCACUUCAACAGGAUAAUCAAGGUCACACCCAAAUUUAACCACGUCUUAGAUCAAUCCUCUUCCUUUGGAUCCAAUAAAUUCAAUCGCGAAUGGCGAAGCUUCACAAUAAAUAUUGAGUCUGCUUUAAACAACUUUUCAACAAUGGCGUCGCAUCAGCUUGCCAUAGCUAAAGCCUCGUUCUCUGCAAGUCUCCUUCGACGCGAUCCAACACCAGUUUCUAGGGAAGCUAUCGCAGAGUUUCACAGCCAUCUGAAUAACGUCAUACUACAAUGCUCGUCAAUAAAUGUCCAGAAAUGCAAGCAAUGGAUAUUGGAACAUAUUGUACAAUCUGCAGCAAGAUUUACAGCGCUGGGAAAAUAUUUAACAGUUCUUACGACAUCAUUCACCAAAUCCUUAAACGGCGAACCUUCGGUCAAGCGCAAGCGCAUACAUAUACUCUACCUUCUUAACGACAUUCUCUACCAUUGCAAGUACCGAGUCAACGAUGCAUCUGUGUGUGGCAAGAUUCAGCCUGUACUAGUUAAUCUACUAGGAAGCACUGCUUCAUUUAAAGAUUGCCCAAAGCAUCAGCAAAAGAUUCAAGAUCUACUAAAUAUAUGGGAAGAGAGAGGGUAUUACUCCCAUGAAUACAUCGGAAAGCUGCGUGAAGCAGUAAAAAUUGCUUCAGAAGUCGGACAAUUCACCGAAGAAUCAACUGGGUCGGCAGAAAAUGGAGAGCAGGGUCUUGCGCCAAAAUUGAACAAGGCCGCGCCAUUUGUCAUGCCAGCAACGCAUGGAGACACAUCGAUGCCUUGGUUCGAUUUACCUGCUGGAAAUUUGAUGCCGCACAUCGUUCCCAACUCAACCAGACCAAUAAAUCCAGAUAUGGUUAAGCCAUUGCAGUUCGUUGCCGGACCCGCGGAUGAGAAUCUCGUUAUUGCUGUGAAAGCUCUCCUAGAGGAUGUUCAAACAAUUUUUGGUGCGGAACCUGGCCAAGACGAAAGAACUGUGUCUGAUGUGGACGAACUUGGUCAGCCAAUCAUCCUAGAUGAGAUUACUGGUGAGAUACUCGACGGAGAGGGUUAUUACGGAUGGUCAAGAGUGUUCUGUGAGAGGAUGAAGAGACGCCGCAAGGGACUGGAUCCAUUUGGUGAACGUGGUCAACACAGUCAAAGUGAGAGCUUAAGCCCACAGAGAAAACGGCGCCAUAGUGAAUCAGAAGAUUCAGAGAGAAGCUUCGCAGCAAGGACUCACCGGCAACGACGCUCAUACAGCUCUUCGCGCUCACCAUCCCCAGAUCACGAAAAUCGUUCCAAGUACAAUGAUCGUUCCAGGUCACCGUCAAAGGGCAGGCGACAAGACUAUGGCGCAUCGGGGGACAACGAGAAAAGUCAUUCUUUGAGCGGCUCUCCCAAUCAAUCUAUAGGGAACGGCAAUCCACCAAUACCUGAGACUUACAAUAUGGCCGCAAUACCUGCCCAACAUGGUGGUUUUCCCUCAAAUCAGACAUACACUAAUCCACCAAUGCCGUAUCAGCCGUACCAGCAAGGUUUCAAUCAAGGAUUCCCUCCAAACCUCGCUCAACAUCAAGGUUCAAUGCCGUGGCCACCACCUCCUCCCCCAGGACCUCCACUCUACCCAAACAUGCCUUUCAACCCUGUUAAUCCACAGUGGCCACCACCACCUCCUCCUCCCAUGCCUAAUGUUUCUUCAAAUUUUCAACAAGCCCCGGGGGGCUAUCCUACUGGGCCUACGGGUUGGCAGCCGUCGGCACAGGGAGGUCAGGGGAGAGGCUACAACAAAGGAUGGAAUAAUUCUUAUGGCGGGCAGGGUAGGGGCGGUAGAGGAAAUCAUAGGGGUAGAGGAGGUUGGCCAUGAUUCAUGAAGUUUUCACACAUGAUUAACAUUUUAUUUCCCGUUGAAUGUAUUGGGAGGAAAUUGUGUGGUUAUAUGAAGCCCCCACGCAUCGUCAUCAAAAAGCGGAGUACCCUGCUGCAAAAACAAUAGCAUAUAAAAAUUAUACCAUGAUCCAACAAAUGCUAAUAUUGCAUUGUCUCCUUGUGCACCGCAUCUAACCGAUGAAUGGUCAAUGCGCAUGAUUCUAGGAGGGAGGCUCGCAUAGAUUUUUCCGAAUUGUAAGAAGUGAAUGCGAGAAGUGAUAUGAUAACAAUCAAGUGUGACGUAGACCUAAAUCAUGUUAUUCA